AAUACCAUUAAAGUUAAACUAAUUAAAUUUGUAAUAUCACUAGAUAGUCAAUAAUAUUAUCUACAAUUGAAUUCAAUGACUGAUGUGAAUUUCUCUCUGUGAUCAACGAUUUUCUGUCUUCCAUUUUUAUGAUAAAACUGAUUAGAUAAUUAUUGGAUUACAAAAAGCAUUACUCAUUACAUCAGACAACAUGGUUCACAUUGAUUUAACAAUGUAUUAUAUAGUUAUUUGGAGAGUGCCAGUACAUCAACUAUUAACAAAAUUUCUGUUGUUAGUAACAAUUCUAUGCUUGCAUGAUUCAAAUGAGCUACGUUUGUCUUCAGAUGACAGAUUACCAGGUUGGCGAACGCAUAAGAAACCAGUAUCACUGAAAGUCGAUUCUCAAGUGAAUAAUUACGGGGAACGAAAUUACUGGAUUGAAACAUUGGUAUUUGCUGAUCAUACAGUAAUAAAUCGGUUCAUGAACAAAACAAUGGCAGAAAACUAUGUGAAAACGUUAAUGAGAAUGACUAGUGAAUUAUUUCAUCAUCCAUCUUUAGGUGUGAAUAUGAGUCUGGUUAUACAAGAUAUAAUAUGGGUCAGUGAAGCAGAAUCAAACGAACUUCUAUGGGGUGUAUCUUUAAUUCGUUCCGUUCACAGAUUCUGUAAUUGGGCUUUAACUCAUCAUUAUGUUCGUUAUAAUUACGAUCAUGCAUUAUUUUUAUCAAGAAAUAUUGUACAAGCAGCUGGUAUAUCUCCACUAAGUCAAAUGUGUCGUAUGCAAUAUUCCUGUACAUUAGCAGAGGAUAGUGGAUUUUUCUCAGCUUAUCCUAUUGCACAUGAAAUUAUGCAUAGCCUUGGUGUUGAACAUGAUGGUGAAGGAAAUAGUUGCGACCGUUCAGGAUCCACAGGAAAUAUUAUGGCACCAUUAAUUUUAUCUGCAGGCCAUAACCAUCAUUGGAGUGACUGUACACGCCUAGUACUUCAAAAAGGUCUUGAAACACAGAAAUUCACUUGUCUUCAAGAUUUUCCAAUAUUUAAACAGGAAUAUCUGAGUUUUAAUUUACCUGGUUGGCAAUGGUCACUUGACCAACAAUGUUUUGUUAUAUCUGGAUCUAAUAUAAGUCAACACUGUCCUGGAGUUGAUGAAUUUGCCUGUCAAGAGUUAUGGUGUUCAAUAAGUGGUUCAAAAGAUCACUGCGAUAAAAUGUUAAAUCAUGGUCUUUUAGACGGUACACCAUGUGGUAAGAAAAAAGAAUGCUUUCGUGGUGAAUGCAUCGAUUCGAAAUCUCUGGAAUUCGAAAUCAAUCAAAGAUCACAUCAGUAUACAUCCUGGUCAGCUUGUUCACAAACCGAUGGGAUUGGUACACGCUAUCGUACACGAAAAUGCUCUAAUAGACAUAAAAACACAUGUGAAUUCAAUGAUAAUGAAAAUGCUUUUGACUAUGAAUUAUGCGGUAAAAAUACAAAUGAUUAUUCAAAACACAUAGAUUAUCGAGAAGCCCAGUGUUCACGAUUCAAUAAUUUCAAAUUAAGAGGAAUAUAUCAUAAAUGGUUACCUCAUAUUAUUUCUGAAAGACCAUGUAGUUUAGCUUGUUACUCAUUACAAAAUGGUCAAAUUCUUGAUGUAUCAAUGUCAGUUAGAGAUUCAACACCAUGCACAUAUGAUAAUCCAGAUGCUCGUUGUAUACAAUCCGUUUGUAUUAAUUUCGAUUGUCUCGGUCAAGUGAAUGGCACUGCUAGAAGAGAUCAAUGUGGAGUUUGUCAGGGGAAUAAUUCAACCUGUAGCCUUAUUCACCAUAGAAUUCGACGAGUUCUUCCAGUGGCGAAUGAAAACUAUCGUAUGUUAUAUGUGAUUCCACGAUAUGCAAGACAUUUAAAAAUUUCAAAGAAUUAUGGUAAUCAUGUAUUAGGACUAUUUGACAUGCAACAUUUUCAAUUCUUUUUGAGAGGCGAUCAAUUAGAAUCGGGAACUAAAAUAAAACGUGUAUAUUUCGCUACGGAGUUUAUAUUUGAUAGAGGAAAACCAAGGAAUUAUUCAAGCGAUAGUUUUAUUCAAGUUUACACAAAAGGAACCAUUUAUGGAGAUAUUGCUCUUCAAGCCAGAAAUUUAGAAAUUAAUGAAAAUCUCAACCCGUUAGAUGUGGAUAUAAGCUAUGUUCUACCAUUGAGCGAAGUUCGCUAAUUUUUGGAAAUUGUUAACAAAACUGCAAUUGUACUUAAACAUAAUUUCAGUAGUAUAAAUAUAUGAAUAUGAAUAUAUGAAUAAA